AUUGUAAAUAUAGCUUUCAAUAGGCAUACCGUUUGCGGACACAUGGUUUGUAAGUCGAGAUGUUUGAUGACGUCAUUUCUCUCUGUGAUGUGACGUUUUCAGCCAAGAAAAGAUGGUAUGCUCAGAUUGUUGCAGAAAACCAAGCACUAAAGUGAACACCAAGAAAUAUAAAGAUCUGCCCGCUUUGACUGAUGGACCAAUCGUAGACAGGGAAUGUCGUGACAUCAUAUUUCUCAUUAUCUUCAUUCUCUACAUGGGUGGUAUGGUGUAUGUUGCAUAUCGUGGGAUUUCCCAGGGUGAUCCAUAUCGUCUGAUUUACGGCGUGGACAGUUGGGGAAACGUCUGUAACAGAGAAAAUCCCCACAUUCCGAAUGUCUCUUUGUCAGGCAGGAACAUGGUGGGGAAGAUGAGAACGCUACACUUAGACCAGACCUACUACGUUGAUCUGCUGGCCACGAAUCUGCUGCCACCGUUGACUAAUGACAACCCUGAUAUAGUCAUCUGCUUGUCAUCCUGCCCCAACGAGACCCUGAUGACAUCAUCAGAAGUGGACGCCUACACAGCGCGCACCAACAUCAGCCUAUGUCGCUAUGACACCUCGUCUUACGUCGUGGAUAAUGAUGUCUGCCUCACUCCUGUUCUUCCACAUACCAGUGUGUUUUUUCGCUGUAUCCCUGACACUGUGGUGACAUUAAUUGACAAAAUGAGCGGAUCUUUCACUUCCUUACUCAGCAAUUUCUCCGGGGGGAAUCUCAUUCAGAAAAUAGUCUCUGAUAUUCAGAACACAUGGAAAGAAAUGCUGUAUCUCGCUGCAAUCGCUUUUGGAACUUCCCUGCUGGUGGUGGUCCUGUUGUGGCUCCUGGCAGCCAUUGUUAUCUGGAUGCUGAUAUUUAUAGUCACCGCCUGCUGCAUUGCAGCGACUGGAUAUAGCUGGUAUUACUGGUAUCAAUUUCGUGAGAGGUUCAACAGUCUUCCUGCAAACCAACAGACAGAAACAGAAAAAGAAAGAAAACGGACAUGGUUGAUUUAUGCUGCGAUAGCUAGCAGUAUCACAGUGGUGCUGCUCCUCCUUCUUCUGAUCAUGCGCAAAAGAAUUCAGCUGGUAGUCCAACUCUUUAAAGAGGCAGGAAAAGCAAUAAGAUGUGUCCCAUUUCUACUGCUUCAACCAGUCUGGACGCUGUUGAUACUGUUAGGGACAGUGACAGUGCUAGCAGUGAUAUCGGUGCACAUCGAGACCUCGGGACUACCUGCUGUCAACAGUCAGACGGGCACAGUCACAUACGAGAUGGAACAGUCGUGGGAGUAUGUGCGAUGGUAUCACAUCUUCGGGUUGCUGUGGAUUUCUGCUUUCAUUGUUGCUUGUCAAGAUUUUGUCAUAGCGAGUGCCGUUGCCACCUGGUAUUUCAAAAGAGACAAGUCUUCAUUGGGAUUCCCCAUACUGACUGGCAUUUGGAGAGUAUUAAGGUACCACAUGGGAUCGAUAGCAUUCGGGUCCUUUAUCAUCGCCCUGGUGAGAUUGGCUCGAGUCAUUCUAGCAUACAUUCAGUCCAGAUUGCGGGGUAAAAGCGGUGAGGUGGUGGACUUUAUCCUCAAGGUUUUACAGUGUUGUCUCUGGUGUUUUGAGAAGUUUCUUGCAUACCUCAACAGAAAUGCUUACAUUGAAAUUGCUAUCUUUGGCCACUCAUUCUGCACGGGGGCAAAAAAGGCCUUCAUGUUGCUGCUGGAGAACAUCUUGAGAGUGGCAGCCAUCAACUCGGUCGGAACGUUUGUAUUGUUCCUAGGAAAACUCACCACUGUAGCUGUUGUCCUCAUCGUCGGUAACGAAUUAAUCCAAGGACGUGAAGAAAUUAAUUUUGCAUUCGCUCCCAUCACCAUUAGCUGUGCAUUUGCAUUUUCUAUUUCCCAUUGUUUCCUUCUUGUUUAUGAGAUUACAAUAGAUACCAUUUUCCUAUGUUUCUGUGAGGAUUGCAAGGAAAACAAUGGCGUUGAAAAACCGUAUUACAUGAGCAAAGACUUAUUGAACUUUCUUAAAAUCACCAACAAAUCAUUGGAAAAGAAAAAGAAGGGCAAAGGGAGUAAGGAAAAUGCCAAAUCUGAUCCAGAAUAGUCACUUCAUAUGUUAAAUCAGACAUCAAAUGACUAGAUUUAUAUAAACAUGCACAUCUGAUUCCGAAAACAACUUGUUAAUCAUUACGAACAAGCAAUUCACAUGUAUCACUUUGAUUUAAUAAAUAUAAACAGAU